AAACAUAAGCUCACAGAUUUUCUGGUCCAAGGCUCACAGCAUUGACGCGUAUGCCACAAACUCGAAAUAAUUAACACUGCUUUGGUUUAAUUGUUCAAUUUUAUUUGAAAGUAAAUUUAUUUAGGAGUUGGAAUACAAUAUCUAACUAAAGGAAAUGCAUAGGAUGGCCGGUGGAGACACGUGGAGGGAGGACUUCUUGGUCCAUGGGGAUUAUUGGAUGGCCGUGGCAGCUUUGGCGGCUAAGAGAAGCAAGGACCCUAGAACUCAGGUUGGUGCCUGUAUAGUGAACCAGGAGAAUGUCAUUGUUGGCAUCGGUUACAAUCGAAUGCCCGAAGGCUGGGACGAUGACCAUUUGCCAUGGAAUAGACAUGGCCAGGGCAGAUGGGACACUAACGCUCAUGUGUGCAGUGCAGUGGCUGUAGCCAUAAUGAAUAAGAAGUGCGCUGAUCUGAAAGGCUGCAAGAUUUACGUGACACUUUUUCCAUGCACUGAGUCUGCCAAGCUUAUCAUCGAAGCAGGUAUUAAGAAAGUGGUGUAUCUCUCUGACCAGUACCGCGACAUGGAAAUGAUGGCAGCCUCUUCGAGGUUUCUGCUGGCAGUGGCAGAAAUAAAGUGCAUUCAGUUCAAGCCUACGGAGCCAACCAUCACCAUUGAUUUGACGGUCAAUAACUAACCUGGAAAUCUGGACGGCCAGACAUGCAAAAGUUGGGGGGCUUGCUUUGUCUAAAGGGAAUACUUUCAGAUAUCUGCGCUUUGAAAUCUCUUUCCCUUCCUUUUGAUAAAUCUCAUGAAUAUGAGGAACUUUAAAUUUAUACUAAGCCCUUACCGGCUCAAUGCAAUAGUGGGUUCAUAUUAUGCUUCAUUAGGCUUUAACAUUUAUUUGUUUUAUAUUUUAAUGUGUUGUUAACUCUCUCUAUUAUUCUGCCAUGUUUGACUUGCACAGCCUUAACCGCUCGCACGCUUUUUAUGAAACUUACUACAGCUGUAGAGGCUGACUCAAGAU